CUGAGCUUAGGUUUGUACCUGCUUAUCUGACGGCAUGCCCAGACAUUUCGUCAUCCCGCCUAGAAAAAAAAUAGUCCAGAAAUUUGUUGAAAAUAAAGAGACUUAAAAUAAAAAACCCAUUUUUCACCCAAGUCAUUCAACGGAUCCAUGCAGCAGGCUUAACUUGUAACUGUCGCCAGAAUUUUAUCAGCAUCUGCAUCUUUUUUAUACAUGUCGAAUAAAAUAUAACAGCCAUGUCGUCAUUCUUAGAGCGAGCAUCUUCGAGCUCCAAAAUCCAAUUAGCUGCGACAGCCAUUGUCUCAGGUGUUGUGGUCGCUGGCACAAUCUUAGGCUAUCAACAUCUACAGCGAGAGGAGAGAGUAAAUCAACUGAAAGACUCGAUUCCGUCCCUAAUCGACGAGGCCGAAGUACAACGAAGGCUCAACAGUUUUGGCGGUGCCUCGAAAGCCGAUAAAGAAGAUCUCCGAAACGAAUUGCUCGCACGACGGGCUCAAGCGGGCGAUUACGACGAUGAAUUAAUCCUCGAACAACUGGCGCGUAACCGCGUCUUCCUUACCCCAGACGGCCUCGAUAAGCUUCGCAACGCUUUCGUGAUAAUCGUUGGAUGUGGAGGCGUGGGAUCCCACUGUGCGGCUGCGCUAGCACGAUCGGGCGUUUCCAAGAUUCGCCUGAUUGACUUUGAUCAGGUUACAUUGAGCUCCCUCAACCGACACGCCGUAGCUACAUUAGCCGAUGUGGGCUCACCCAAAGUUCAAUGUCUCCAAAAACGGCUGUUGGCUAUCUCUCCAUGGGUACACUUCGAUCUGCGGCAGGAGAAGUUCUGGGACCAGGCUGCCGAUAGACUACUAGAACCGUGGAAGGACGGUGGACAGAAACCCGAUUAUGUCGUUGAUGCGAUUGACAAUAUCGAUACCAAAGUCGCGCUGCUGAAAUACUGCCACGACCAUAAUCUCCCCGUAAUAUCAUCUAUGGGCGCAGGGUGCAAAAGCGACCCCACCCGAAUCAUCGUGGGCGAUAUUGGGACUAGUACGGAUGAUGGGCUAUCGAGAUCCACUCGCCGGCGCUUAAAACUGCUAGGCGUUACCAAGGGCAUCCCCACGGUGUACUCGACGGAGAAGACCGGAGAUGGCAAGGCUGAGCUGCUCCCGCUUCCCGAAGAUGAGUUUCAGAAGGGGAAGGUAGGAGAUUUAGGCGUCCUUCCAGAAUUUCGAGUGCGGAUAUUACCUGUGCUAGGAACUAUGCCGGCCGUGUUUGGGUACACGGUAGCGAACCAUGUUAUUUUAUCUGUCACAGGUUACCCGCACGAUUACAUACCGGCAAAGGGCCGUGAGAAGAUGUAUGAAGGUCUGCUGGCUGCGGUGCAGGGAGGAGAGGAGAAAGUCCUUCGACACAUGACCGGUGGCGACCCAAGUAUCACGCUGGGUCUAAAGGUGCCAAUUACAGCAGGAGACACUGCGUUCUUAGUCGAAGAGAUCUUCAAGGGUCGAAGUGCCAUAACCGGACUUACGACCCGAUUAACCCUAGUACGGUGGCGGCAGCCUACGAGUUCUAUUCUGGUGAGAAUAGGGGAAGGCGCCGACGAGCAGAAGUCAUCGAACAUCAAACUUCAUGAACUGGUUUGCAUGACCAAAGAAGAAUCGAUACGACACGAUAAAGAGGUGUUGCGUGGUGACAAAACACCUGAGGAGGUAUAUGACCCGGCUACGGUAGAGAAGGUCGAGGCGCAACUUAGAGACACAGCGAACUACGAGCAAUAUAGAUGAUUGUGAUUGUGCCGAAAUUAUGAAAUUGUAAAAACGAUGCUGUAAAACCAUAGCUCUCCUCCCUCCCCUAAAAACGCCUCAUGAGCUAAACCCCGAACUACCCUCAUACCCACUUCAAAAUACUAAACUCCUU